AUCAAAUUAAGGAUGAGCAUUAAUUAUGCCUGUAAUGUAUUUUAGCCAUAUUUAAAGAGUUAAGAAAAUCCGGCAGAAGACAAUCGGUAAACACAGACUUCAUGCAAUAUCACAAGCUAUCCUAAGUAUUUAAUUGUGAAGUAUAUAAGGAUAAGACUUUCACAGAAUCCUUUCCCGUAUCGCUUCAAAGAACCAAACCCAACUUCAAGAAUCAAUUAUCGUAACUAGAAUUGUAUGAUUGAUUAUAAUAAUAAAGCGAUGAUCAUUAAAUUGACUUCAAAAAUCACCCAUUUACAUUUUAGGACAAGAUCAAUUAGAAAACGGAAGUAACCAAAAAGAAAUUCGUAUUUGAUGAGCAUUAAUCAACCAAAUAAGGGGAGUUUAAGAAUUUUAUGAGUGCGAUGGAUGAUUAUAUAAACCUUUUAAAUGAAAGUUCUGAUUGCUUAACUUUGAAUUCAGAAAAUUAUAGUUAGUUAGAAAAUAUCCUAUUUGCCAAAUUCAACAUUAUCAGAUAAAAACACGAGGAGUUGAAUAAAAAAUACAAGAUGGCAUAAUAGAAUUUUAAAGCUCAAAGAUACUAAAAUUAGUUACUCAAAAAGUAAAUUGUGGAGAUUCAUUCUUUAUUGGAGGAGGAAAGAUAGAAAAGUUGUGUAUUGUAAGAUGCUAAUGAAAAAUUGAAAAAGAAGUAUAGAGAUUUAUAAAAUAAAACGCAGUUUGUUCAAAAUUCAUUUAUAUAAGAUAGAAUGAAAUUCGAUCAUAAACGAUAGAAUUAAUUUUAAUAAAGCAUAUCAGUUGAUGAAACUGAUAGAGGUACAACAUAGCAAACUUAUGAAACAAAUGAUGAUUAAUAAAAUGUAACUAAAUUCUUAAAAACUUAAAUGCGAAAAUUGAGAUAGAACAAUUAAUAAAUUGAUGAUUAUUCUCGUCUAUAUAAAAAAAUUAGUGAACAUAAUAAUGAUGACUUUUGA